AUGUCGCCACUCACCAUACAACGACUGUUCCUCUACCCUGUCAAGUCACUACGACCUGUAGAGGUCAAGGCAGUAGAAUUGACAAACGAAGGGCUACGCUUCGAUCGGUCUUUCAUUCUCGUCUACACGCCCGAUGCUGCGACUCCUGCAGAUCCAAAUGGAGACUUGCCAUUUGCGAAGUUCCUCACGAUUAAGAGGGUAUUCAAGUUGGCGCUGUUUCAUCCAGAGAUCGACGAGUCGUGGAUGAACCUCACGAUACGCUACAAAGGCGAUGAUGCUCCUAAGGCUUCGAUCGAUGUACCUCUAUCCCCGUCCCCAAUUUCCUUGCUUGGUGCAAAGUCAUACCAGGUGAGCGUGUUUGGAACAACAGCAAUAGGCGUUGAUGUCGGAGAUGAGGUCGCCUCUUUUUUCUCUACGCGUCUCAAUGCUGAUGUUCGUCUUCUGUUCAUCGGUGGUACGGGUCGACGCGAGAUUCCAGGCGCAGCGUACGUUGGCAAGCAGGGUGAUGCUUUGACCCUCGCGUUGGAAGAGGGUCUUCGACCUCAGCGAAUUCGCUUUGCCGACGCUGCUCCCUUGCUCGUCACGUCGACGGCAUCAGAGCGAGAUGCGUUGUUGCGCCUUCCUCCAGAGUAUCGGGAAGAAGACGUCAUUCAACGCCUGCGCCCGAAUAUUCACAUUGAUGUUCACAACAGCUUGCCAGCCUACGACGAGGACAACUGGUCCACGCUGUCAGUUGCAACAGCCUCAAAUGGCAGUCACGUUGUCACCAUUAAAUGCAUAUUCAAUUGUGUGCGAUGUCUGAGUCUCAAUGCCGACCCAGACACAGGACAGAUGGUCGAGCGAAGGCGACAGCUCUACGGCUUGCUGGCGAGUGAUCGGCGCAUCAAUACGCGUUUUCCUCACAAGCCAGUAUUUGGUCAAUACGCUUUUGCUGGACCUGCGGGUGCGAUACUGAGGAUUGGUGACACUGUCAAAGUCACAGAGCGAUCGUCGAAAUGA